CUGUGUUGUUGGCAGACAGGGCACGUAUACAAUUCGGGCCAGCGAGUGGUAGCGGAAUCGUUAAUUUCGGCAAUUCGCGAAAAUGGCUUCGAAAGGGUUGACGUGCGGCGAGCCAGCGGCCCGCUGGCUGUUCCUGCUCCUAUCACUGGCCACCCUCACGACCCGGCUGGCCAGCGUAAGCGGCAACACGGGCAUGGUGCACCGGCGGUUUGAGUACAAAUAUUCGUUCAAACCUCCCUACCUGGCGCAGAAGGACGGCACGGUGCCAUUCUGGGAGUACGGUGGCCAUGCAAUCGCCAGUUCGGAAAACGUGCGUAUUGCCCCUUCGCUGCGGAGCCAAAAGGGAGCGAUUUGGACGAAACAGAAGACGAACUUUGACUGGUGGGAGGUGGAGAUCGUGUUCCGAGUGUCCGGACGAGGCCGUAUCGGAGCGGAUGGUUUGGCCUUCUGGUACACAGCGGAGAAGGGAAGCUACAUCGGAGAUGUAUUCGGUUCAUCGGAUCAAUGGGUCGGUCUCGGUAUUUUCUUCGAUUCGUUCGAUAACGACAACAAGCACAACAAUCCGUACAUUUCGGCCGUGUUGAACGACGGUACGCGACAGUUUGACCAUCAAAACGAUGGUGGCACUCAACUUCUGUCCGGGUGUUUGCGUGAUUUCCGUAACAAACCAUUCCCGACGCGUGCCAAGAUCGAGUAUUACAACAACAUCCUCACCGUGCUGUUCCACAACGGUAUGACGAACAACGAUCAGAACUACGAGAUGUGCUUCCGAGCGGAAGGAGUGGUGUUACCGAAGACCGGCUACUUCGGUCUGUCGGCGGCCACCGGCGGUUUGGCGGACGAUCACGAUGUGUUCCACUUCCUCACCACCUCGCUGCACGUACCGGGACAGUUCCAGGAGGAACCGGCACCGGGAGAAGAUGCGGCCAAGCUGACCCAGGAGUACCAAGACUAUCAGAAGAAGCUUGAACUGCAGAAGGAGGAGUACCGAAAGGAGCAUCCGGAUGAGCAGAAGGACGAUCUGGACAGUUUGUUCGAAGACUUUAACGAGCGAGAGCUGCGUCAGAUUUGGGAAGCGCAGACGAAUACGUUCGAACAGCUCCGCAUGCUGAGCAGCAAGUUGGACGAGGUGAUCGGUCGCCAGGAGCGUACUUUGGGGUUACUUUCGGUGUCAGCCGGAAGUGCCGGCAGUCCGGGAGUGCCACCACCACAAAUUGCAACCGGUGGCGGUGCUGGAGGGUCAAUUAUGCGACACGAGGUUGAUGCCCUGCUGCAGAACCAGAACGUGAUGGUACAGACGGUGCGCGAGAUUCGUUCCAUCAUCGGCGAGGUACACGCACGAACGGACAACAUUCUCACCAACCAGGCUCGUGCACCAACGGCGCAAAUUCAGGGCGGUGGAUACGAUAUUCAGAGUUUGAUGAACGAAAUGCGUGACAGUAUGAACCACGUUCGGCAGGGAGUGGCUGGUGUUUCACAGAGGCUUCAAAAUCAACCACCCGUGGCGCAGGGGAUGGCGCAGUGUCCAACGCAGAGCUGUCUCAGUAUGACCGCCUUCCUCGUCGUGAUCGUGGUGCAGAUGCUCGUGAUGCUUGGUUACAGCAUAUACAAAGGAAGCCGAGAUGCUCAGGCGAAAAAGUUUUAUUAGAUAGCCAAACCUACAACGUGAACUGAUAAUCGAAUGGUGAAGUGAGCACGCCAUACAGCACGCGCAAACGAUCAAAUCUAGCUAAACAACGGCCAUCAACCGUGUCGAACUUCUUGUGGCAGCGAUGAGCGGUUGAGCGCAGCAGGCAGGCAUUCCUUUAACAGAAAACACAGCUUUGACAACAGUACACGUGCUAGUAAGAAACAUCCUUCCAUGGCCCAUUUGAUUACACUGUAGACUGCAACCGAGUUCGUGGCCGUGGCAACGCACCGUAACGUGGCAGCAGCAUCUUGUCUUGUAACGUUAUCGCGGUACUACCGAGAUUAUUUUUUUGCUCUCGGUGUCACGGUGGAAGGAGUAUGAAAAGUGUGAAAAAUAGUCCUGUUUUAAAUAUACAAUGUUCUUCUUUUUUUCGUUUCCUCCCGGAACUAAAUCCGACUGUUAAAGUUUUCUUCCACACAGGCUCCAUGUCGCCGGCCGGAACUCUUACUCCAUCUGUCCUACGAAAUGUUAACAAACCCCUAUAGUAAAUGUGUAUCGUGCGUUCUGUGCGUGUUUGUACUUGUCUGACUGUUACUGUAUACUUAUUUCGCGGACUUUCCACUCGCGGAACUCGCGGAAGCGUUCCGACGGCGGAACAUGUAGGAUGGAUAGUUAGUGAAAUUGUUUUGCUCGUCCAGGGCUAUCCUGUCAACCGCAAUGUAGUUUCAUGAUGCAUUUGUUUGAUUUUCGUCAAUCGCUAGUUGUCUCAGUCAGAACAAAACGAAAGCAGUAUAUGAUGGAAAAGCACAUUUUGGGGAAAACAGAGAUUGAAACGGUUGCACCUUCCUUGAAUAACUUAAAUUGAAUGUGGUUUCGAAAACGUGCAUGAUGUUAGGUGGUUCGGCACUGCAACUUAAAAACCCCAACACGGUUAGAAAAAUUCUCGUUGGUAAGUUUUCGAUCGAUUGACUCUUUCCCGCGAAGAAGACAUGAACAAAAUCCCGUCGUUAUACAAGAGGAGAAAAUGAAAAUAAACAGUCUGAUACGAUUUGCAGAAUAAGCCUA